AUGAGUGAAAGAAAAUUUACCCGGGCACUAGGUAAGCCCGGGAUGGCUGCACAGCUCCGAGAAACCGUUUCCCAAGUCGUUCGGGAGAGUACAGUCCAGAAUAAACCGCAUUUGGUCGAGCCGAUAGACUUUGAGAGUUUUAUUCUAAAGAAUAAAACAUUGAUGCAAAAUGAUCCGCAGCGAGAAUUAUUGCUUUAUCCGCCAGAUGAUGUUUCACAAGUUGUACUUCCAAGAAGAUACCGGACAGUACAAUCAAUUGUCCAAAGCAUUUUGGAGCAAUCAGACGGCGGAGAGAGUCUUUUAACCAGAGAAUGCCUAAAAAAUUAUGCGUCUAAUUGGAAUGUCGUUCACUAUAAAUACGCCGCGUACAGCGGCUCGUAUCUUGAUUUACCGAAGCUAUCUAAAGGCGAUGAGCUCAGAGAGGAAAUUUAUGAAAUUGAUACGGAUGUGGAUCAAGUGGAUGAGGAAAUGAUGAAAAGUGACGGUAUUACCAAAGAGGGAUACUUGAUGAAAGGACCGGAGAUCGGUAGCAGCGAUCGUAUGUUUGUAAAUAUUGGAUCCAAGUCAUUUAAACGAAGGUUCUGUCAUCUCAGACAAGAAGUAGAUGGGACUUAUAUUUUAGAAUUAUUUAAAGAUGAAAAAAAAGGAGAAGCCAAGCUUACUAUCGUGAUGGACUUUUGCACCGACGUGGUAAGAAAUCCAAAACGCGGAAGAUUUUGUUUUGAAUUGCGCAUGAGUGGUACUCAUAAAUUUUACACGUUUGCCGCUGAUAAUGAAACAGAUAUGCAGGAGUGGUUGCUGAAAUUGAGCUCAGUUUUGCAGCACUAUAAACAGCAAGAAGAAAAACGGGCUGCUUCGUUAGAGCGCACUUGUCACACCCCGCCACCGUCCCCAAUACCGGUGCAAACUUAUGGAACGUUGAAAGGACUGGAUCAGAGUAUGAAUCCGCAGUUGAUAAAAUACUCACGUGAAACUGAUACAAGUAUUUUAUUGAGCAGGCGAGAAAAUAGAAAACGUUUGUUUAAUUUGUAUCAUCAUUUAACGCUUGGUAAGACUCAAGGGAAUUUAAUUGACGGGAAUGUAGAUCCUUAUAAAGAGCAAUUUGGACAGAGGAUAUUUAUCAAAUGUGAAACUCUUAAAUUUAGGCUUCAAGCUCCAAUAGAUGAAAAUGAAUCUCUUUGCCAAGUUGAGCCUUAUUACACGACUUUAAGUCUGUUUGACGCGAGAAACGGAAAAAAAUUGUCAGAAAAUUUUCACUUUGAUAUUAAUCAUGAGAUAGUUCGUGAUAUGGUUCAAGAAUUGAGUCCCGUGAGUGAAUUAACUGACAAUGAUAAAGCGGAGCUGCCGAGCGAGUUGAAAAAUAUACCUGAUAAAUGGAUUAAAUAUCCUAAGCAAGCUAUCUUCAGUAUUAGUAAUCCACACCCGGAUAUUUUUCUCGUUGUAAGAAUUGAAAAAAUUCUCCAAGGAAGUAUUUGCCAAACGUCUGAGCCGUACGUUCGAGCCACCAAAGACCCGCGAUUGGGUUUAAAAGUCCACAAAAAUGUCAGAGCUUGUUGCCAGAGACUCGGUAACUAUCGUAUGCCGUUUGCUUGGUCAGCCAGGCCGCUAUUCAGACUGUACAGUAAUGAGCUGGAUACCUCCUCAGACUUUCCGGCGAUUUAUCGCCAAGAAAGCAAUAAAAUGCGGGAUGAUGAGUUGCUGAAGAUGCUCACUGAGUACCGGAAGCCUGAUAAAUUAAGCAAGCUGACUGUCAUUCCUGGUUGGAUAAAACUCAUCAUCGAACCACUUGCGGAACUUCCUGAAAAUUCUCUUACUACCUUCUUGGCUCCCUUGAAGCCUUUUCCAUUGCCUCCGGCUAGUAAUCCAACAUUCGAAGUCUCAGAGUUUGAAAGCUCGUCUGAAAAAGACGUGCAUCCUUACACGACUUAUGUAAAUCAUCUGUAUAUUUAUCCUCAAAUUUUAAACUUUGAUACUCAAAAGAUUUUUACUAGAGCGAGAAAUAUCGCUUGUAUUGUUGAGCUGCGGGAUAAUGACAAUGAAAAUGCUAAACCAUUGAGGUGUAUUUAUGGUAAACCAGGCGCACAAAUACUAACGACACGCGCCAGUUGCACUGUUUUGCAUCACAGUGCUGUGCCAUCCUGGUAUGAAGAAAUAAAAAUGAGAUUGCCGACUAAGCUGGACAAUAAACAUCACCUGUUAUUUUCUUUUUAUCAUAUCAGCUGUGAUAUGAAUAAAAAAAAAGAAAACGGCGUGGAAAAUUGUGUCGGUUACUCGUGGAUGCUGUUGUUACAUAAAGGAAAAUUAACAGUUGAUAUGGAAAAUAAUAUACAGACAUUACCAGUCGCAACAGAUUUACCACCGGGUUAUUUAUCAAUUCAACCUCUCGGACUUGGUAAAGGCAACGCUGGACCAGACAUCACUUGGAUUGAUACGCAACGACCAAUAUUCAGUGUAUCAUUUCAAUUGUCAUCAACGGUAUUCACACGAGAUCCACAUUUACAUAAUUUAUUUGUACACGCUGAAAGAAUAUUGGACAAUAAAUUGUCGGGUAUACCGUCUGAUUCAGAAACGUGUAAAAUAUUGAAAGCAGCACACGCUAUUCAACUAGUUACAGCAAUAACAUUCCUACCGACAAUAUUAAAUCAAUUAUUUGCACUGCUGACGUGCAAUCCAGGGGAUGAAGUCGGUCUUUACAUUAUACGACUGCUAAUUCAUAUUAUUAAUUUAAUUUAUAAGGCUCAGAGGAAAGAAAUUAUUCAUGCUUAUGUUAAAUUUGUGUUUAUGCUACCGUCUAAAGACACAGCUACUACUACUGUUCAUGAACAACUCGCUAAAUAUUUACCUACUCUACUGCAUCCAAACAACACUGAUUUUUUGGUUGUAAAUAAAUUCAUGCAUCAUUCCAAUUUCUUUUUUGAUAUUAUGGUCAAAAGUAUGGCUCAACACAUGCUCAGUAGUGGAAGGAUUAAAAUGCAUCGCAAUGAAAGAUUUACUAAGGAUUAUCAUGAUAAUAUUAAAAAAUUAUUGCAAGUUCUUACACCUUAUCUUAUGAAUAAAUAUAAAGACAUGCCGGUUGAAACGCAUGAACUCAACAAGAGUCUUGGACAAUUUUUAAAGAAAUGUCUGACGUUUAUGGACCGUGGAUUUGUAUUUUCAUUAAUAAAUGAUUACAUGGACAAUUUUUCGCCAGGUGAAGCACGAACAUUGCAAGAUUUUAAAUUUACAUUCCUCCAAAUUUUGUGCUCACACGAGCAUUAUGUGUCAUUUAAUUUACCUAUGAUGCAAACGCGCGUUACAAGUAAGGAUUUAAUGUUGGAGUAUUGCUUGUCUCAAGAUUUCUGCAAGCACCAUUUCUUAGUGGGGUUAUUACUGCAAGAAAUUAAGUCUUCGUUAAAUGAAAUUGUCCAGGUUCGAAAAGUGGCAAUUGCUACUUUACGAGAUUUAUUAGCAAAACACGAAUUGGAUGACAGAUAUCAAAACAAAGGACAAUUGAGCCGUAUUGCAGCUAUUUAUAUUCCAUUUUUGAGUGUUGUUUUAGAAAAUUUACAUAGAUUACAAUCAGUUUACGAGACUGACAUAAAGACUGAUUUAAAACAGAAUCACGCAGCAGCAAAUCGGCUGUCCAGCAGCAGCAGCAGUAAUUGCUUGAUCAAUAAGGACCAAGUUAAUGGAGUCGCACAAGGAGACACACCUAAAUCUGUUCACCGCUUCACUCUGCAUUUAGACUCGCAGUCUCCAAUAAGAGCCUCGAUGCAUCUCAGAGACUCGACUUAUUUUGCCGCAAUUGCUGGACAGGGUUUAGCUAAUGGAUUCUCUUGUACUAGCAUUGAGUCCAGUACGUCUACAUUGUCGAGUACAUCUCACUCACUCGUCUCUCAAGAGACGACGAUUGCUCGAGAGCCAACGGAAAAUGGUAUUUCAGAAAAAAAGGGACACUCAAGAUCCGUCAGUCUUGCUCAAGCAUCCUCUAGAUGCGACAAGCUUCAAUCUUCUGAAAUGAAAGAUUUAUUAUUAUGCUUCUUGUUUGUCGUUAAAUAUCUGGGGGAUCAUCAAGUUAUUGCAUGGUGGCAACAAUGCUCUGAAACGGAGAUAAUAAGUUUUUUUAGUAUUAUUGAAAUGAGUUUGUAUCACUUUAAGUACGUCGGUAAGAGAUUGAUUGUAGCGAAUAGUACUACUACGAAUAGUGGGAAACCUAAAACUGUGAAAGCCAUGACAUUGCCUGCUAGAAUGGCACCUCCUGAUUUUUCAAAUGACACUUCUGGAACUGGUACAUUACAGCCACAUAAUACGUCGACUCGUGAAAAUUUAGUCGAUGAAGACAAUGCGCUUAAUCAUCAGGCGUUAUUGGAAGCUAAUAUGGCUACUGAAGUUGGAUUGAUUGUUCUUGAUUGUCUUGGAUUGUUUUGCAUUCAUUUUAAAGAUGUACUUCUUGUUAAUGAUGGAGAUAAUCCUGUGAUGCAAAAACUUUUCAAUAUUUAUUUAUCAUUUCUUCAACUCGGUCAAUCUGAAACACUGUUUCGACAUGUUUUUGCAAGCUUACGAGCCUUUCUCAAUAAUUAUUCUACUGCAUUAUUUAAGGGCAAUGCAGUGUUCUGUGGACGCCUUUGUUAUGAAUUAUUGCGCUGCUGUAACAGUAAAUUAAGUUCUAUAAGACAAGAGUCGUGUGCUUUGCUUUAUUUAUUGAUGCGUAGUAAUUUUGAAUUUACAAACAGAAAAGGGUUAAUACGAGUACAUUUACAGGUUAUUAUAUCCGUAUCACAAAUGCUUGGCAAUGUAAUUGGAUUAAAUAAUUCACGAUUCCAAGAAUCUCUUUCGCUGAUCAAUAGUUAUGCGACAUCUGACAAAGUUAUGAAGGGAACUGGGUUCCCCGUUGAAGUUAAAGAUUUGAAUAAAAGAAUUCGUACUGUUUUAAUGGCUACUGCACAAAUGAGAGAGCACAACAAUGAUCCGGAAAUGCUUGUCGAUUUACAACACAGCCUCGCCAAUUCAUACGCCAGUACUCCGGAAUUACGGCAUACUUGGCUCGAAACUAUGGCUCGUAAUCAUGCUAGAGAUGGAAAUUACUCAGAGGCUGCUUGUUGUCAAUUACAUAUCGCUGCAUUAAUGGCCGAAUAUUUAAAACUGAAAAAAAUACACUCAUGGGGAGCUGAAGCAUUUGACAAAAUAUCUGUUAAUAUUUCUAAAGAUGAGCGAGGAUUGAAGCUUGAUGCUGGGGUACAAGAUAUACAUUAUAAUGAAUCAAUUCUAUUGGAACAAUUAGAAAGUUGCGCUGAAAUGCUGGAAAAAGCAGAACGUUUUGAAUUGCUGGGACCAUUAUAUCGUUUAAUUGUUCCCAUUUAUGAGAACAAGCGCAAUUAUGAUGCAUUAUCUAAUUGCUACUCUCAUCUUACUCAAGCUUGUAAUAAAAUUGUGGAGGUAACAAAAACGGGAAAAAGAUUGCUUGGAAGAUUUUAUCGUGUUGCAUUUUUCGGUUCAGUAAAGCCUAAAGUAACAUCCUUACCGGAAAUAUCAGAAAGGCUACACCGUUUGUUUGCUGAAAAAUUCGGUGUAGAAAAUGUUAAAAUGAUAAUGGACUCCGCACCGAUAAAACUUAGUGAUCUUGAUCAAAAAAUGGCUUACAUUCAAGUAACACACGUGACACCGUACUUUGAAAAAUUAGAAUUAGAAUCACGUUUAACAGAAUUUGAACAAAAUCACGAUGUUUCGUGUUUUAUGUUUGAAACUCCGUUCACCCACGAAGGCAAGCCACGCGGAAAUCCUGAGGAUCAAUGGAAGCGAAGAACAAUAAUAACAACGCAAUAUUCAUUUCCAUACAUAAAAAAGCGGAUCCCAAUAAUAGAGAAGAAAAUAAUAGAAUUGACACCCAUAGAAGUAGCGUUGGAUGAAAUGAGACAGCGCGUGCAAGAAUUGGAGGAUGUUGCUUUGCUAGCACCAACUGAUGUUAAAAAAUUGCAACUAAGACUUCAAGGAAGCGUUUGUGUUACUGUCAAUGCCGGACCGCUUACAUAUGCAUCAGCAUUUUUAGAUCCUGCUUUAUCACCGCAGUAUCCAGACGACAAAGUUGAAGAGCUGAAGGAUGUUUUUAGAGACUUUAUUAAAAUAUGCUACACGGCGUUGCAAAUAAAUAGUAAAUUAAUUACUAGUGAUCAGCAUGAAUAUCAAGAAGUUUUGAGGGAGAAUUAUCAGAAGUUGUGUCAGAAUUUAUCUUCAUUACUUGGAGAAUCAAUAUGGCCUGACGACCAAGUUGGAAGCUUUAAACGCAAUAGCGCAGCACUUUUCAGUGCUAUCAGUGGAGCUAAUAACCAUACAAGUAUUGCAUAA